UUCGUGAAUUUCUUUUGGAAGGAAAAACAAAAAAAAACAGAAGAAGAAACAUAGGACUCUACUGUUUGCCAAUUAUUAUCUGUCCAUGAUUUCCUCCUGCACCCUCACCAAUAAUAUUAUAUUAUCUUCCCCGAACUAAACUAAAUGGCCAAGAACAAGAAAUAGAUGGAUCACUUCCAAUUCCAAACACAGCUCGAGGGAGAGGAUUUCAGCAAUGGAAACAAAUUUAACAACUUACUGCCGCUGACCAUCUUCUAUAAUGGAAAGAUGAAAGUUUACAACGCAAUUUCCCAGGAAAAGGCGGAGGCAAUAAUGUUGAUUGCGUCGGCGGCGGCGCGAUCUGCUUCGCCGGCGGCGGCGGAGCAGCUCGAUCGUAAAGUUAAUCCCUGGAACAACCUGCAAGAUGACACGAACGACGAGCUGCCGAUGGCAAGGACGCACUCGCUUCAGCGUUUCCUGGAGAAGCGCCGUGAAAGGAUGAUGGAGAAAUCCCCUUACAACUAUUAUUCAGAAAACUCCUUGUACGUGGAAGGGCCGUCUCAUGCUCAAGGGAUGCCUCCUCCAUUUGCCUAGCUUCGUUACGUUGCAAACUUGGAGAGCCUCAUCAUAUCUAGCUUUGAACCAUGAACUUACUGCAUUACUUUCUCUUGUUUAUAUUAUAUUGUGUGCUCUUUGUCUGGAAUGAACUUUGUGUUACUGCUA